GAGCCAGGGCUGAACACACCAUGGGCGCAAACACCUCCAGCAAGUCACCCCCCUUCAAUGAAAACGAAGAUGUCACCUUCGACCAUUUUGAAAUUUUGCGAGCUAUUGGAAAGGGCAGCUUUGGAAAAGUGUGUGUUGUGCAGAAGAACGACACCAAGAAGAUGUAUGCCAUGAAAUACAUGAAUAAACAAAAGUGCGUGGAGCGCAAUGAAGUGAGAAACGUUUUCAAGGAGCUGCAGAUCAUGCAGGGCCUGGAGCACCCCUUCCUGGUUAAUUUAUGGUACUCGUUCCAGGAUGAAGAAGAUAUGUUUAUGGUUGUAGACCUGCUGCUUGGAGGGGACCUGCGUUACCAUCUCCAACAAAACGUGCGGUUCCAAGAAGGCACCGUGAAACUCUUCAUCUGUGAGCUGGUGCUGGCCCUUGACUACCUCCAGAGCAGACACAUCAUCCACAGGGACAUCAAGCCUGACAACAUUCUACUGGAUGAGCAUGGGCACGUGCACAUCACCGAUUUCAAUAUUGCCACGAUGCUGACUAAAGAAAUACAAGUCACCACCAUUGCUGGCACAAAGCCGUAUAUGGCACCUGAAAUGUUUAACUCCACAAAACCCACCGCCUAUUCCUUUGCUGUGGACUGGUGGUCGCUGGGAAUCACCGCCUACGAGCUGCUCAGGACCCGGAGGCCGUAUCAUAUUCGCGCCAACACUUCCACACAUGAAAUCGCUCACGUGUUCAAGACAGCUACAGUGAUGUACCCCGCUGCUUGGUCCACAGAGAUGGUGUCGCUGAUCAAAAAGUUGCUCGAGCCAAACCCCGAGAAGCGUUUUUCUCAGCUGAAAGAUAUCCAGGACUUUCCGUAUCUGUCAGAUGUGAACUGGGAUGCUGUUCUCCAGAAAAGGAUAAUACCGGAAUUCAUUCCCACAAAAGGUAGACUGAACUGUGACCCGGCCUUUGAACUGGAAGAAAUGAUCCUAGAAUCCAAACCGCUUCACAAGAAAAAGAAGCGCUUGGCCAAGAAGGAGAAAGACACCAGAAAAAGCAAUUCCUCCCAGGCCUGCCACCUUCAAAAGCACCUAGAGAUGCUCCAGAGGGACUUCAUUGUUUUCAACAGAGAAAAAGUGAGACAUCUCCACAACGACACCCAGGAGACCGUAACACUGGCAAAAAGCAGAGGCGCGUACAAGGAGGACAAACAGAACAACAACCUCUGA